AGUAUCAUUUCUCUCUUAUUUUUCUCCAUUUCUCUCUCUAUAAUUGUCAGAUUCUGGGAAGUGGUGGUUGGAUGGCUAUUUCUUCCUACUUUCAAAGGAUGGCACUGUUCUUGCCUGUGGAUCAACGUGGUUUCUCUCUCUCUCUCUCUCUCUCUCGAUUGAAUCAUAAUUAUAAUAAUUGAUCCUUUUUUUUCUUUCCUUAUUCUAAUCCUCGUCUUCCUCCCUCAGUCACUCUAAAAGGGUUGUGGGAAAAAGAAAGUAUUGGUUCAUGUUAUAAAAUCCCGUUCCCCCCCUCUCUCUCUCUCUUCUCUCUCUCUGCUCCUUCUUGUGGAGUGCGUUGGAACUGAACAACCCUUUUCAAUUUUAAUCAUAUUGAACAAGAAUCAAUCAACAGCUCGAAUUUUAGAGGGAAGAAAAUGGAUGGUCUCUCAGAUCUUGAGCCAGAUUGCUCUGAAUUCGUCGAAAUUGAUCCCACUGGCAGAUAUGGCAGAUACAAUGAAAUUCUGGGAAAAGGGGCUUCAAAAACAGUUUACAGAGCAUUUGAUGAAUAUGAAGGAAUCGAGGUGGCUUGGAAUCAAGUGAAGCUCUACGAUUUCUUGCAGAGUCCAGAAGAUCUAGAAAGACUCUACUGUGAGAUUCAUCUUUUGAAGACAUUGAAGCACAGGAACAUCAUGAAAUUCUACACUUCUUGGGUUGAUAUUGCCAAUAGAAACAUCAAUUUCGUUACUGAAAUGUUCACUUCUGGCACUCUUAGACAGUAUAGGCUGAAGCAUAAGAGAGUAAAUAUUAGAGCAGUGAAGCAUUGGUGCAGGCAGAUAUUGAGGGGGCUUCAUUAUUUGCAUAGCCAUGAGCCUCCUGUAAUCCAUAGAGAUCUGAAGUGUGACAAUAUCUUUGUUAAUGGCAACCAAGGGGAAGUUAAGAUUGGUGAUCUUGGACUUGCAGCAAUCCUUAGGAAAUCCCAUGCUGAUCAUUGUGUGGGGACACCAGAGUUUAUGGCUCCAGAAGUGUAUGCAGAGGCAUAUAAUGAAUUGGUUGAUAUUUACUCAUUCGGCAUGUGCAUUCUGGAGAUGAUAACUUUCGAAUAUCCAUACAGCGAAUGCACUCACCCGGCUCAGAUCUACAAGAAAGUCAUAUCUGGGAAAAAACCAGAUGCCUUGUACAAGGUGAAGGAUCUCGAAGUGCGGCAGUUCAUCGAUAAGUGUUUGGCAACUGUUUCAUUUAGGCUCUCAGCAGUGGAGCUUUUGAAUGACCCAUUUCUUCAAGUCGAUAAUGGUGAAUAUGAUUUAAGACCUGUCGAUUAUGGGAGAGGAUUGGAUGACGUCGGUCCUCUCCUACGACAGCCUUAUCUCGAACUUCAUAGAAGUGAUAGCUCCUUUUGUAACGGAUAUCCAUAUGAUUAUAGCUUUGAAGCUUCAAGUGAAUCAGGUUAUCAUCCUGUUGAUAACGAAACCAAUGGAAUUGAACUUUUUGAGUAUUGUGAAGGUGAACAUUUUGAAGAUGUUGAUAUUAGCAUUAAAGGGAAAAUGAGAGAAGGUGGUGGCAUCUUCUUAAGACUCAGAAUUGCAGAUAAAGAAGGGCGUAUCAGGAACAUAUAUUUCCCAUUUGAUGUUGAGACGGAUACAGCAUUAAGUGUUGCAACAGAAAUGGUAGCAGAGCUGGAUAUUACAGAUCAAGAUGUGACCAGAAUUGCCGAUAUGAUUGAUGGAGAGAUCGCAUCGUUGGUGCCUGGAUGGAGGCCGGGUCCAGGAAUUGAGGAAACGCCCCGCUUUGCGAAUCAAAGCUAUUGUCACAAUUGUGCUACUUUCAACAAUGCUUCGAAUGGUCUUUUGUUGAGAGAUCCUGGUGGAAAGAACUCAGAGGCAGCUCAAUGCUGUGGACAUCGAUAUGCUUCGAUGCACGGUCGUUUUGAGGAGAUCAUGUAUCAAGCCGACGAGUCCGAGCAUCAUGUGGCUGAGGGUGGACCGAAGGUGUUGAACCAUUCGGAUUGCCUGAAUUAUCCUGAAAUAUGGGGACAGCAUGAAAGCCGUGAACUUAGUUCAAUGAGCUCAAGAAACAGCCAUUCGGAUGAAGAUUACGAGAAAACAGAUCGACCAGUUUUGGUCACGGAUGCAAAAGAAACGAUAUUGGAAAGCAAGACUACUUCGAAUACGAGAACCUCGACCCAGAACCUAAUGGGCUCCCUUUCUUUCUCGGAAAACCCUUCAUUAUAUGGACUUCCAAGUAAGUAUGAGGAUGAUAUCCAGCAAGAAAUGAGAUGGAUUAAAGCAAAGUACCAAAUAGAAUUAAGCAAGCUCAGAGAUCAACAGUUAAGGAUUUUGUCAAAAUCUUCAAGUUAUAAAGACAGAAAACAGAAAACAGAAAACGGAACCGUGCAAGGCAACCACAAUCAAGUCCUUGACAGUUCUGCUCAAGACACGAACCGAAGUAGUAUCGAUAGUGAUCUUUAUAUCAAUAAUAGCUUUCGCAGUUUGGAUGCCCAAAGGGCCCGAAACUGCACGGCCGUGGAACCCCCUAUUGUGGAGAAGGUAGUCUCUGCUAAAAAUGCCUGCACUGGUUCAUUGAUUCCAAGCUCUCUCCACAGAACAAUCUCUCUUCCAGUUGAUGCUGUUCAUAUAUAACAAUGUAAGGUCACUCCUUGUAUUCUUUUAUGGAUUCUAUACUCUAAAGCAAGUAAAAUAAAUAUAUCACAUUUACCAUUUCUUGACUCAA